GUCGUCGAGAGUGCCAUCCAGAGGUACCUCAAGGUGGCCAAGGCAUCCCGCCGGGCCGCGCAGGAGCUGCUUGGCCCCGCAGGAUUUUCUCGUGUCCGCGGGCUGAGUGUUCGUGGCGAUGAGCUCUAGGCGGAGUCCGCAAAAGACGCCGCGCAGAAGCUGAACCAGUCAGCAUCUCCUUCCAACCCCGGGGGUGCGUCGCCGCAGGAUGUCUACACCGGCAAGGGAGGCCCUUUUCGCUUGAUCCCGUUCUUCCAGUAAAAUUUCAUGUGGGAGCGGCCGGCGACGAAAAUGGACGACAGGGCUGGGAGGUGUUUUUUCCUCAACGCCGGGGACAACCACGCCGACGUCACGGAAAAGGUGCUCAAGGAGAGAACCGGCCACGUGUGCUACACCUCUAAUGUAGCGUGGGCGGCGCUCCCGCCGUCCGGGGGGGAGGGGGGGGUGCAAUGCUUCACCAACCCCCUCCGCGGGGACUCUACCCACGCCCCAGCAUCUACCCUUCGAGAUCGUCGCUUCGCCGCCGCCGCCGCCGCCUUCGGGGCCCGCGUUGUGGCCCGCGCCUUCGCCUGGUGCUGCCGCUCCGCCGCUCCCGAGGCCGCCCGCGCCAUCGACAUCCGUCGCUCCACCGCCGCCCGCUGCCGCUGCCGCCGCCGGACCGUCGCCGUCGCCGCCGCUUCCGGGGCCCGCGUUGUGGCCCGCGCCUUCGCCUGGUGCUGCCGCUCCGCCGCUCCCGAGGCCGCCCGCGCCAUCGACAUCCGUCGCUCCACCGCCGCCCGCUGCCGCUGCCGCCGCCGGACCGUCGCCGUCGCCGCCGCCUCCGGGGACGAUGCCAUCACCACGCCUCUCCCUCCGACCGAGAUCACCAUGGGGCUGCUGGCUCAAGCAAACGAAGACGUCCUCCUCUCCAUGCUGGAUGCUCGGGAGGGCGGAGGCGAGCAGCUCGCGAGGAGUGAGGGCGUGGGAGAGAGCACGAAAAAGUUGACGGAGGUGGACACCGGCGAGGAGGGACGCAUGGGAAAUGGUUUUCGUUCGGUCCGCCUGAGCGGGGCGUUCCGCUCGGACUUGCGGCGCGUCUUGCGAUGCGCGACGACGUCGACUCAGCUGUACGCGAGAUGGAGCCGCCUCUCUUGCGACCCGACAUGCCGCGCUGCCACGCNUAAGACAAUGCUCCGGCCAGGAUUGGAGGGGGGCGGCGAGAGGGAGGGCGGAGGCGAGCAGCUCGCGAGGAGUGAGGGCGUGGGAGAGAGCACGAAAAAGUUGACGGAGGUGGACACCGGCGAGGAGGGACGCAUGGGAAAUGGUUUUCGUUCGGUCCGCCUGAGCGGGGCGUUCCGCUCGGACUUGCGGCGCGUCUUGCGAUGCGCGACGACGUCGACUCAGCUGUACGCGAGAUGGAGCCGCCUCUCUUGCGACCCGACAUGCCGCGCUGCCACGCCAAGGACCUCCGAGUACCCCAGACUUUCAAAGAAGCAAAGCAGAGCGAACAGCGAGCAGUUCAUGGAUGCGGCCAAGCAUGCGUUCGGCUUUCCUACGAAGGCCAAGGCUAGACUUGUUGCGAGAGGAGACAUGCAGAAGGAGUACAUUGACUGUGGUGAUUUGUAUACACCUACUGUAGCUUCAUCUAGUGUUCGUAUGUUGGCAGCUUUGGCGUGUGAGCUUGACUUGGAGUUGUGUCUCUUCGAUAUCGACCAGGCGUUUGUGAGGGCCCCUCUCAAGGAAGACAUUUUCAUGCGACUGCCGGAAGGAUGUGGUGCGUUGUCGGGGAAGAUAGUGCAGUUGAACAAGAGUCUUUUUGGCUUGAUCCAGACAUCUAGGGAGUGGUACGCGUUACUGAAGAAGUGCCUUUUGGCUUUGGGGUUCGAGCAGUGCAUGGCUGAUUCGAGUGUUUUUCGUUUUGUCGAAGGGAGGGAAGUAGUGUUGCUGCUCGUAGUACACGUAGACGAUAUUUUUGCAGUGGGGACGAAGGAGAGGUGUGAUCAAUUCGGGAAGGACCUGGGAGAGUCGGUUUCGGGAGGGGUAGUGAUGUGUGCAGGAGGGGCGAUUGCAUGGUUCUCCAAGACUCAGAAGUGUGUGACUUUGUCUACCACGCAGGCAGAAUACGUGGCGAUGGCGGACAUGGGGAAGGAGAUUUUGUUUUUUAGGCAGAUUUGGCGUUUGAUAUUGCCUAAGGAGUUGCGGCCGUGCAUUCCCCUGUAUGAGGAUAACGAAGGGGCUAUCCAGAUAGCAAAACACCCGAUCUCGAAUUCCAACUCGAAGCACAUCGACGUGCGGCCUCACUUCCUCAGGCAGCUCGUAGAUGAGAAGGAGGUAGAGAUCAUCCACGUAGCCUCGAAGUAUCAGCAUGCCGCCUUCCUCACGAAGGCGCAACCUGAGAGAGAGUUUGUUUCCCACCGGGACGUGAUGAACUUGAAGUGA